UGGAGAGCCUGAGCCAACUGUUUGGGCUGCAUCACUGGUCACACCAUGGCAGCUGUAAAGUCACUGGCAGGACCAGGGACAUCACAGUCAGCUAGAGAGCGAGAUAAAGGACGCCUGAUAUCCAUGCAGCAUAAUGUUCCCGGUGAUGUGAAAAUACAGAAGCAGUACCUGAACUCUGAAGUGAGGUCAACGGAAGGUUGUGAGGAGGUGUGGACUAAUAGUUUGCCCAGAGAUCGUUCAAACACCAUUCCCUUUUCACAGUCAUUCAGCAUAGACCAAUCUGUUAGUUACAGAAGUCCCGAAUCAGUGGAAAUGGAUGAAAUCAUGGCUGCAAUGGUCCUUACCAACCUGUCCUGCAGCUCAGUGAUUCAGAGUCCUCCACAGAGAGAUCCCCUGCCAUCUGGCUUUGUUGAUAUGGAAUGUGGUGGGGGCGAGCUGUCGGAUAGUGGCAGCAGCGGCUACUGGAGCUGGGAGCAUGGCAGUGUGAGUCCUGCCCCCUCACUAUCCGUCACUGAGACAGACAGCAGUGUGGACCAAAUGGUGGAUAAGGGGCUGCAUAUGGAGUUGGAGCCUGGGGCAUAUGAUGAGCUGGACACCAGGAGGUGUAAGAUUUUGAGCAGGGGAGCGUAUAGGUGUUUGUGGCCCGCCUGUGGCAAAGUGCUAACAUCACGGGUUGGGAUGAAACAUCACAUUCGCAUCCUUCAUCUAGGCAGCAGCAGCCUGGAGCAGUUUCAACAAGAGGAGGAUUUCUAUUACACCGAGGUCUCAUCAGAGGAGGAAGAGUCAAUGCUUCCAUCAUUAUCUCCAGUGUUCACCAGUGGGUCCUGGUCCGUAUGCAGCUCCACCCACAGCCAACCAAACUCCACAUCCAGCGCUCUCAGCCAAUCGGCUCCAAGCUGCGUGUGGCAGAUCCACACGGAACAUCUCUACCAGGCCUGGGCACCAGCUGAGGUGACAAUAUCUCCUGGCUCGCCUUCUUCCUGUGUUGGGCCUUCAGCUGGACCUCACUCAAGACCUCAGAUCACGACAUCACGCAGCCGUUCCAUCAGCGUGGGCGAGCAGUGGCUACAGCGCAACAGUGUUCCCACCAGAUCACACACAAUAAGUGCAUCACCUUCCAGAGGCCACUGCUCUAUCCGGAAAGGCCGAGGGGAGGCGAAAAAAUGCCGUAAAGUGUAUGGUGUUGAACACAGAGAUCAGUGGUGCACCGCUUGUCGCUGGAAGAAAGCCUGUCAGCGCUUUCCUGACUAAAAAUUAAAAAGAAAAGAAAAUAAUAAGAAAAAGACUUUAGAGGACAAAGAAGAAUUGAAUUAUUUCUGUUUUUUUCUUUGUCAAAUUCAGGCACUGUAAUGGGAGUUAAGAUUUCUGUUUCACUUUUUACCUUUUUCCCUCCAAUAGAAAGUGUUUUUUGUUUUUGUUUUUUCCCUAAGUGAGCACUGGUGCUAGCUAUUAAUACUGUGUUAUGUUGUAGGGUCAGGACUCGUCUGACUUUUUUCCUUUUAUUAGACAGAAAGUGUCAGUAUGUAAAUCUUGAUUUUCUUUUUAGUUUCACAUCCUGCACUUUAACCUUUCCUGCGAUUAUUUAAUAAGUCAUUGUUAAAUCUGAUAUAUCGUUAGCAUCUGAACAUUUGUGUUGUUUAUCUGUGGCUGUUCUAUUAGCCUGAAACAUGUACUAGCUAAAUAUUGGGUAUCGUGUUGUACAUAUCACACAGAUUCCAACAGUAUGUUCAGGUGGAUUUUUACUUUCCAAGUUCUACCUAACGCCCAUGUGACAGCGCUUCCCAAUCAGGUGCAACUACUAGAGAAAAAGCUAGUGAAGGCGAGUGGUUUAUGUGACUGAGUUGGUGAGUAAGAAAGUGAUUAAGUGCAGCUAUAACCUGUGAUUAAAUACCAAAGUGCUUUUACAGUGGUGAUUCCGAGGACAAUUGCUUAGGUGCUGCCCUUAAACCAAGUCGGGCUUGUUCCUUUUGUAUGUCCCUUGUUAUCCUCUAUAAAACGGUACGUAUUAAGAUUUUAUUUGUACAUGGAUCAAAGUCUUGUUGGAACUGUUGGAUUUGAUAAUUUGACAUUCUGUUAAAACACACCUUAUACAAUAUGCAAACAUGAGAACUGGAUUGUUGCAUUACAAAUCACAAGAGAAGUAGUAAACUAUUUUAUUCAUGUUUGUGUGCAUUUUCUGUACAAUUUGAACGUCUAAAAGAAAAGACCAUUUAUGAAAAAAAUACCUUCAA